AAAUGCUAGCAAACCAUGCUUGGCUCAAUCUCAAUAUCUUUACUCUUUACAACUGUAUUCGACUUCACUAAAACUGUAAUUAUGUUCUUAUUUGUAGUGAGUAUCUUGAAAUUGGAGAACGCUCCCUUUGUAUACACACUUAACCCUACAAUUCCCAGGGUGGGCGCAGAUAUUAACCCUUAUAUAGUCAGGGUGAGCGCAGAUAUUAACCCUAACAUUCACAGGGUGGGCGCCGAUAUUAACCCUAAUAUUCCCAGGGUUGGCGGAGGUAUUAACCCUAAUAUUCCCUUGGUUGGCGGAGGUAUUAACCCUAAUAUUCCCAGGGUUGGCGGAGGUAUUAACUCUAUUAUUACCAAGGUGGGCGGAGAUAAAGCUGAAAAGCUUUCGUUCUCUGCAGCCGGGGUGGGUGGAGCUAGGAGUUGCUGGGAGGCGGUUCUUUGGCAGAACAGGUUGUACGUGAAUGUCACCCAGAAUCAGCUGGCUGAUGGUAGCAAGGCUGCAUUUGUCUCGCUACUAGAGUAUGCUGAGGAAGUACUGGGAGUGGAUCACGUGAUUGCCUGUCUGGACCGUUCUUACAGCAACAAGAACAUCAUCAGGAACUUUUUGUUCCUGGGGUUUAAGCCUAUAUCUCCGGGGCAUGAGUACUUUCCUGCUAACCAAGAUGUUGUCUGUUUCCUCUACACCAUCUAGAAAUUCGGCACGGCCGCCGAUUUUAUCAACUCCUACAGUUUUCUAGUUUGACGUUACUAACUUCGGCGGCCGUCUACGGGAGACUUAAAUAUUGUAAUAUUGUCAUAUUUAAUCAACUAUACUGUUUCCCGUCGAUUUUUUGUUUUUAUCUUUUAGAAACAAAAAAUAAUAUUUUUUCUCUGGGUUUGUUAUUUUUUCAAACCCUGACUGAGGAGAACAGCUACAACGAUAAGGGAAUAUCCAAAAAAAAAGUAAAAAAAACCGAGAUGCAUUUUAGAAGAAAUUUUUGGUGCAUUUCACACAAAAAAAUGUCGUUAUCAUAUAUUUAACCAAAUUUGUGAGUUUUUCAAAUUUAAUGUUUCAAUUUAAGGAUUAAGGGGGGGAUUGGAGACUAUAUUUUUAACAUUUUUUCCGUCACAAACAUUCGAGUAGAAUAUUAUUAAAAUAUCUUUACUCCAGUCCCUACCUGCAGUCCUAGCAUAUUUAAUCUUAUAUUAUCUUGUAUAUUGGCAAUCUGUUGAUUUUAUUCAAUAAAUAAAUAUUCAAGAUAAAGAAAA